GAUUGUCCGUCAGUCCGUUCUCGUCUGUUAAAAAUGGACGUCACAGCGUCGAUGAGGGGAAUUCCCCGUUCUGAGGAAUCAUCGCACGAUGAGAAACUCACGCGAACCUUGAACCUGUCCAGCCAGCUGGAGCUGUUUCUCUACGAUUGAUAUUCGCACUGUGCUGUGGCAAUCUCUACGGAUUUAUUUCAGCCAUUUUGCUACCGUAAUCUUUACUUCCUUUUUUAGGGUAAGCGUUUGCUGCAAAUUUGCUCAUCCUCCAUCAUUAGACUGACAGUACAAAACCAUGGCACAAAACCGCACCUCAUCUGUCGCAGUGCCGGCCAAUUUUGACAGGACUCGUGUUGUUGCUGCACGCAAUCCAAUGGCACCACCCCUCGUACCCAGAAUAGUCAUCGAGGCACUCCCUGCCCUUCUAAUGAAGAUCAAAACGGGGAGGUAUGAUGAAUUUGGCCAACCUCAGUCCGCAGAGAAACAAGUGGCCAACGCGCUACAAAACAUGUCUGUGAUGUACAAGACGGUAGGAAAAGCCCAUUACCUUCCGCAGCCAGACUUCGAAGAUCCCGCAUUUCAUGUGGCGUACGUGUACCAGUACCUUACGAAGCACUGCCAUCUGAUUUACCAAAUGCUGUGGAUGCUGCUGCCGUUCGGCAUCGCCACGCAGUGGCUGGAGAGGGGCGUGAACGUCUGCUCUAUCGGUGGAGGCCCAGGCACGGAUGUCAUCGGGGUCCUUGUGUAUCUCAGGUCUCUUAGGUCGUACCUCGACAAACCGGCCAGCGAGCGAGUCAUCGGGUACGUGCUCGACAAGUUCGCCGAUGCCUGGACAGGCACAUGGCAGGACAUCCGAGCAAGCAACUCCGUUCUCAGGGAGAGCCAGAUAUAUUGUAGGUACAUCAGCUGCGACCUCCUGGAUGAUCUACCGACGGCUGCAAUGGAAGAGGAGAUCAGGGAAGCCGACUUGGUGACUAUGGUCAAGGCAUUCUCCGCGUUCAUCGCGUUCAUGAGAGACGGCCGCGAUAUUCGGCAGUGCGCGGUGUCUAAACUUCUCAUGCAGCUCAAGCGAGGUGCAGUUGUAUUGUUCAUCGACAACAUGGAUGAGCUUUAUCUUAAGAGAAGGGCCGCGCCUUCCUGGAGGUUGCGCAAGAGCCAGAAUGAGACAUUUCUGCAGGACAUUGUCCAGCCGGCUGGGUUGAUAAGCCUAGGCGAGUGGCAUGGUAGCACUAACACCUGGGUAAUGAAAGACUCUCACUUACAACUGAAGAGGUACAUCCAGGAGCGAUUCCACCUGGACUGGAGCACCGGACUUCGCAAAUGCGCAGUUAGUGUGUUCCUCCUCUACAAGCCAUAAACCAAGUCGACAUGGACAUUCAUUUGGACAAGUCUGGAUUUUGAUGCUGAACGAAACAUGAAUCAUAUCAGUCACUCCACGAUUGCUUGCAUGGUCAACGUCGGCGCGGCCCUCUUUGAUCCGCAACCUCUGCAACUACUUUCCCAUUGCAUGUGACCCACACAACAGUAUAAAACUGUCUUUAAUUGUUAUAUAUUUAAUUGAUUGUCUUAUGAGAGGAGAAAACAUGUUUGUACAAAACAGGAAUCAAAGAAUUUUCGAGUAUAAAUGCCAAACGAAAGUAAAGAUCUUGUGUAGCUCGCUGAGGCGCUUAAUAAAUAAAGUAAAUUAAAACCCUACUCAUGUUUACAAUCUUUACAGAAAAAUCUCGAUCGCAGUUUGAAAGACCUUCCGUCAUCAACAUGCGCGCGCCGCCAUUUCGAACAAGUCACCUAUGCCGCGGAAUCGUCUUGGCGCCGGUUAGGGUACGACUGUGUUCCGAUCCGUCGCGGCUCAAGCAAAAUCGCAGGUCGACCUGUGGAGGGUGCAUGGCUUUAGAUAGCCGCAUUGAAAACGUCGGAACUUGUCGGCAACUUGACCCAAAGCAAGUUUAUCUAGUACUCGUUGGACGCAAAAGCAUCAGCAAGUGAUCAAGAAAAAGUUGUUUCCCCCGUGUCAUAAUGUGCAAAUUAAAACACGAUCACUUUUUCCCCUUCAAAUUAGAGACUGGCAGGAAAAAAAGUAUCAUUGCAGAUGUAGCGCCGUCUAUGUACUGCCUUUACGUGCGCCAAACUGCCUUUACGUGCGCCAAACACGUUUGCUAUAGUAGCCUACCCGAAAGAGCAAUGCUCAUGGGUAUAUAUUUUCUUGGUCUAAUCAAAGAUUGGACAGAUUUCCUUCAAUAAACAAAGGCAUUCCAGACUUAUGGAAUUACUGAAAUAAACAUGCUACACCCCCACUCCAAGUCCAUUCCAACUCCAGCCAGCUAUAGCUUUCGCCAUAAAGUGGUCAUCAACCGCAAGGUAUGCUGUUCGAUUUGCCUUGCAUUUUUCGGCUUUCGACUUAUGUUUUAAAAUUUUAAUAUCAUUCAAUCCUUUAAAAAGUUCCUUCAGUGCCUUUUUGAAAUGCCUUGCUUUUUUCAUGCGAUUUGGUGAGCGAGUAAUUUAUUCUUACUUUUUACAAAUUUAUUAGACGUUUUAAAACGAUUUUUCCUUUCAUUUUUAAUGAAUACAUUUUGUUUUAUCUUGGUAAAUUCUGAGUCUUUGUACGGGGUCCUAGAAUUAUUUUAAUUUUAACCCCAAAGUAGCUCUAUUGUCUUUAUGCAAGUUAAGGUUUUUGGGUUUCUUAAUUAAAUUUUGUUCUUUUAAUUUUUAAUCGUAGUUUGGUUCAUCCUUUCUAUAAUGCUUAUCCAUGUAUAAAUACGUCCUUGGGAAUGUUUGGCGGAUGACCCGGAUGUUGGCAAUAUUAAUAUAUAAGACUCGUAUUAUUACUCCGACUAGCUAGCUCAUGCGAGGCAUGAAUUUGAACAAUAUUCA